UUUCCAGAUGGUUUCUCCAGUGACUAUAUUAAUUCGUAAAGUUAAAGUCGAAAAGAGUGGUUUUAAGCCGGUACGCGUUCCUGAAAUGAAUUUUUAAACUUUGGUAAGAUCAUGUACGAAGACCGAAAGGAUCUCGUGCUCGAACGACGUUUAUUUUCACGCCGAUAGCAUUGUUCGUUUGUUCGAUAUUCUCUCGAAAACACACCUCCCGUUUAACAUCGGUAAUUCCAAGAACUUAAAACAAGAAGCGAUUGUAGCUUUGUGUUGAAAGCUUUAGUUCACGUUGAAAUAAAAAUUACAUAAUGACAGAGUAUAAGCUCGUAGUUGUGGGAGCUGGAGGUGUUGGCAAAUCUGCACUUACGAUUCAAUUGAUACAAAAUCAUUUUGUAGACGAAUAUGAUCCUACUAUAGAAGACUCUUACAGGAAACAAGUAGUCAUAGAUGGGGAAACAUGCCUUUUAGAUAUAUUAGACACAGCUGGUCAAGAAGAAUAUAGCGCGAUGAGAGAUCAGUAUAUGAGAACCGGAGAAGGAUUUUUAUUAGUGUUUGCUGUAAAUUCAGCAAAAAGUUUUGAAGAUAUAGGAACAUAUAGGGAACAAAUAAAAAGAGUAAAAGAUGCUGAAGAAGUACCGAUGGUACUGGUAGGAAAUAAGUGUGAUCUUCAGCAAUCUUGGGCAGUAAAUAUGACACAAGCAAGAGAAAUUGCCCGUCAGUAUGGUGUGCCUUUUGUUGAAACCUCUGCAAAGACUAGAAUGGGAGUAGAUGAUGCUUUUUAUACUUUGGUCAGGGAAAUACGGAAAGACAAAGAACAUAAAGGUAAAGAGAAAAAGAAACGCAAGGGGGCAGGUAACUCGAGCCGUAGGAGACAUCGAUGCUGUUUGCUUUGAAUCACUGAAUAACAUUAAUUCUCUCGUUCGAUACAUUAAUGCAGAAAUAAUUUGUAAAAAGCAUUAGAUUAUGUUCACUGUACGCACAUUUUUGCAGCUUAUUCUAUAGACUAUUAUAAUAAUUUACAAGCACAAUUUUUUCUAUACAUUGGGAGGGAAAAAAAGAACAAAGUAUGUAAUAGUGUAAUGUUGCAUACAUUUUUACUCUUGAAGUUGAAUUUCAUAAAAUACAUUGUUUGUUCCACAGUUUGCCAUAUAACUCUUAAUAUUCCAUUAGCAGAAUAAUUUUAACCCUUGAUUGCAUAGAACAGUCAGGAUCAAAACAAAUUUUUUCAAACCAUCCAUUCGUUUUAUCGUUAAUUACUUUUAAUUGAACGUACGGAAAAAGUAUUAUUCCAUAAAGGAAUUGCAUAGCUUUAGGUACUGUGGAUGGAUAAAGAAACAUAUAACUCAUAAAAGUUUACAACUCACAACAUGAACUUCAUAGGUGUUUUAUUCAAUUAGUUCAUAAUUUUAAACUUAUAUUUAAUUCGUUAAUUAAAUAUAUUUUUAACGUUUACUUUUAUACUCCGCUAUGCGUGACAAAAAAUUCUAUUUGCCCAAAAAAAGAAAAUAAUAAGCCAUAAAACUCAAGGAAAUAAAGUAUGGAUAACUCAUUUUGUGCUGUGAUUAAAUAAUCUUAAGCAUGCCAUGCUAGUUAGGUGUUACUGUGAUUAAGUAUGCAAUUUUAACAGGAACGCCUAUUUACCAAUUUAAGAGUACAUAGGUUUGUUCGUGUUUCCUUUUCGAGUGCAAUUAAAAAAAUAUACUUGAUAUUUGUUGUAUAGGGGAUGAAAUAUAAGACCUUACGCAUAUAGAAAAUGCCACAAUGAGUAAUUAGUUUCUAUACUAAUGUUUUUAUAUGUUUACAUUAAGUAAAAAUUGGUAGGUACGAAUUUAUUUCGAUCAUUUAUACAAAUGUAAGAAUCGUUUUAAUCGAUCAUUGUUGUUUCAAUGUAGAGUUAGAAAACUCAUCUUGUUAUAAAAAAUAUAAUUUAAGGAUUACAUUACCUAGAAAACGUAAAACUUUACAUUGAUAUUUGAAUGUCUAAAUAUACUACUACUAUUACUACUGUAAAAGGAUAUCGCAUUUUAUCACGUUUGUUUAGUUCUUUAAUCAACUGUUUUUAUAUCAUAAUUUAAUUUUGAUAAAUUAUAUGAUGAGAAGUAUAUAAUUUCAAAGCACUGCAAAUAUUGCUUGUAAACUUAGCUUUUAUUAUGAAUAUAUACUUUAAUAUUUGUUCAGACAAUAAUGUCAUCUCAUUUUAACGAGACAUGAAUUUUUAAUAAAAUAUACAAAAUUAAUUUUGCUUACAAAACCAACAAUUGCGAAGAUAUUUUGUGGGGUGUUUAUUGUCUCACUAAAAUGAUCAUGUCUUGGAUCUCACCGAAUUUUUCAAAUAGACAAUCCUAUACUUCGAUCUUUUAAUCCUUUCCAAGUGAUCUUAACAUUCCAACAAGUUGAAUUUUCAUCAUCCAAAAUAUAUCUAACUUCUUUUUUGUAUAAUUGGUAUGUAUCUAUCACCUUUGUUUAUGGCUAGUUUCAUUAGAUCUAUCUCUCUUAUUCAAUUGUCCAAAGAUUUUUUAGUCUUCAAAUCUCGAUUGCUGAACCUAGUUGCAUCUACUAAUAGUUAAUAAUAAGCAUCCCAGGCAAUUAUGAAAUAAGAUCAUUUGGAAGAUCUUUUCAUAGAGGGUCAAUUUGUAGACUAUGGAGGCUGUAGCUAGGUACUUGAAUUUACACGCGUUUAAAUUUGAAUCUUUUGGCCUAAGUAUUCAAUAGUAAAGAUAGAGUGUUCCCAAUUUUUCUUCUUUUUUAAUUACAUUACAGAAAGCAUGUGUAAGGGAUGUACCAAGGGAUGGGUGUGCACAAAUGUGAUGAAAUCUAACAUCACCCCAAUAACUAACAUUUUUAUUCUUAUGAAUUAUGCCCUCUAUUUUGUUCAGUGUAUGGAAUAAGGUAGUUAUCAAUAUCUGUAGGUUGUAUUUCUGAUCUGAAUCUAAUUCUUUGCCAAGGAAAUAAAUUUUAUUUCCUUCUAACACCAUUGUUGUUGUAGGGAAUAACUACUCUAUGAACUGAGAAUGUUAAGAACACAUAAAUUGCAACGUCCUAAAUUUUGAACAAUCAAGGGUUAAAUACUUUGCUAAAUGAUUUAAAUAGUACAAUUUGCAAAUAUUCUCGUAUAUGUAAACUCGUAAAUUUGUAAUUCUAGCUUUUUCAAAUAUUGAAAAUGUGUAUAUAUAAAAUUACACAGCAUAGGUGUUGUUAUGUAGUUCAAAUUUGUAAUAAAACUUGGUACAAAGUGUUCUUUAUAUUCAUUCUGUUUAGAAUGAUUGUUUUAAAAUAUUAAUUGUAGGCCAUCUAUGCUGUUUAGUUUUAUGAUAUUAAAGGAGCAAUUGACAAAUCUUUCACUAAUUGUCUUCUUACGAUGUUUUAUAUGACAAAAAGUCGAGAUUAUCUAAAUCAAACGGCCCUAAAAUAUAAUUAACAUUGGCUGUCGUCUACGAGUUAACUCAUAGCUGACGAUUUGUCACCGGACGUCGCCUACGAGUUAUCUCGUGAAGAUGUAGUGUCUGUGCGAAGCAUAGUGGUCAGGGGUCAUUUCACCACACGAACCCAACGGCAGCCAACGUGUUAAAAAUUACAUUUUUAAAUCAAAGUUUAUACAUCUGUGUGUCAUAUCCAAUUAAGUUGAAGUUCUAUUGUUCAUCAAAGUUCUAAUAAUAUAUAUAUAAAUACGCGUACCGAAGAAAGUAAUUAAGCGCAUAUUACAUCAAUAAUUUGUAUUUUUUCAUUCAAAAAUGUGUUGUUAACAAACUAAAAGAUAUCGUGCAGGCGUAUUUAUGCAUGUAUAUUAGCUAGUGCAGACAUUGUGCCACAAACACGCAUAUGGCGGGAAAUGUGUUCCGACUUCCAAUUGGCGGAAUGUGUCAUCAAUGUCGUUUUACCAAUCGGAAGCCCGCGUGCCACUGGGACACACUGAUCAGAUUUAUAUGCGUGCUGGCUAGUGUGCAUACAUGUGUUCAAUGAAUUAGUUCACCAACGUACAGUUCUAAUACAAACAAAUGUAAUGAUAAACGAUUAUUUUACAUUAAUAAACGUCCGCGUUCACUUAGCAUUUGUUUCUGAAAUGAACGUAAAAGGAACGUGUAAUUUGGGUACACCUUGUUCCUUAUUAAAAAGUAAUCUUAUUUAAAACAAUUUACGUCAUAAUCAUAUUAUGGAUUACUGCAUAGUAUCAUUUAUACACCGAUGAACACUAUAAUACAGUUUUUGAAUGUAUCAAAUAUUAUUAUGCGAAUGCAUCUUAAUUUUUUUUACUGGAAAAUUAAUGUAUAUUUUUGUUAACAGAUUUUCUAAGAAUCUUUGUAUUAACU